AUGUUGCAGUUUUAUCCUGCUCCACAUCUCCAUUAUGUUGUUUAUAUUGUACAGGUUGAACCAGGACACACUAUCCUUAUUCAUGCAGCAGCAGGUGGAACUGGAUCUCUAUUGUGCCAAUGGGCGAAUGCCCUUGGUGCAACGGUUAUUGGAACUGUCUCGACUAAAGAGAAGGCAGCCCAAGCCAAAGAUGAUGGUUGUCACCAUGUCAUAAUAUACAAAGAAGAAGAUUUCGUUACCCGUGUCAACGAGAUAACUUCAGGCAAAGGAGUUGAAGUUGUAUAUGAUUCUGUUGGAAAAGACACUUUCGAGGGAUCAUUGGCUUGUUUAAAGCUUCGUGGAUGCAUGGUGAGUUUUGGUCAGUCAUCUGGUACACCAGACCCAGUGCCUUUGUCAGCUAUUGCAGCAAAAUCUCUGUUCUUGACAAGGCCUACCCUGAAGCAUUACACUGUGACUCGGGACGAAUUCCUGGAAGCUGCAGGAGAGGCAGCGCAAGCACAUGCUGAUCUCGAGAGUCGAAAAACAGCUCGAUCUGUUGUACUCAUACCAGAUGGAUGUUGA